GUGAAAUUCCUCCGAUUACUAACUGUCAAUUGUUCCUGUCUGAUUUAUUUCUUGCUGAUACUAAUGCAUAAUAUUAACCACGUAAAACUGCCUAAUCCCACAAUAUCUUCCUCAAGACUUUCAUGGACAAUAGUAGUGGCCUAUGUGUGGACCCAAGUAAUUUAUGUUUGCCUAAUUCGUCAAAUUUUAAUGAGAGUGCCGAUCUGGAUCUGAAGUUUACCCAGGAGGAUAUCGAUUUAUCGCUGCUUUUUGGCAACUUCUCCUACCUGGUACUGCUCGUAGUGUGCUCCGUGGGCAACAGCUUGAAUUUCCUCGUCUUAACCAACAGCCGACGGAAGUGGAAAUCCUCUGCUUGGUGCUACAUGCUAGGCACGAGCACUGCCGAUCUUGCAGCCAUAUGGAUGGGUUUUCCGUAUUUCCUAUGGAAUCUCGCCGAGCAAUACAGGCUCCCGCUUUCUGCACAGAACAAUGAGCCCCUCAUUACCUUGCUUACGGGAGUGACAGGUUGGGGCGAGGCAGCCUGCAUGCGCUUAUCUGACUGGAUACUGGUGGCGUUCUCUUGGGAAAGACUGCUCAUCAUCAUCAGUCCGUUCCGCUUUGAUUUCUUGCAGCGGGUGAGAACAGCACGGACCAUCGUUUUGACGUUGUUCUCUUUCUCAGUAUUAUUUGGCGUUUACAUCGUUGUGCAGCAUUCCGUAUACUACGCUAAUCAACAGUAUGACUUCUCCACGCCACUGGACAACGCGGCUUGGCUUACAUCAUGGGGGCGUGUCUACAAUACCGCGCAGGUAUUUGUGCAGCUGCUGACCUUCUUCCUCGUUUUGCUCCCUAGCAUCGUCUUAAUAAUUUUCAUUCGCCGACGCCGCAGCGCCGCCAUAAAUCGAUCAAAGGUCAAACCAGCGGUACCGCGUGCCGCUCUGGACACCGGCGAAUUCUGCAUUCAUCCGAAAACAAUGCGACACCAUGUCGGAAUUAAUGUCAUUCUACUAAGCAGCGCUGCAUUGUACCUGAUCACGAGAUUCCCCCACAUUGUCUUCCUCUGCAUAUUCCGUCUGGCGCAGCAGUUCGAAUCCGAUCAAACGGUGGAGUACUUUGUCGCGCCGAUUAUCUACGUCAUUAUGUAUUUGGGCUACUCGUUGACCUUUUUCAUCUACAUCUCCAUGCACCGACUGUAUCGGGAGCGGUUUAUUAAGCUGAUUGUUGAUCCCCUGCGAGCGCGGUCGAACGAAUACAUCAGCCGCAGUGGAGGUGGCUGGAAGGACUGGAUGAUCAGUUUUAUGACUGGUCAGUCGAUAUCAGCGGCGGCAGCUACCGCAUCGGUUACAAGCAACACUUACAUUCCAAUGAAAUCAGUGCAGAAGAUUUCUGGCCGGAUUAGUCUUUCGCGCCGUGAACGCCUUCGAGCCACUACAAUGUAAAUAAACAAAACAAGCUCUAUAAUUAUGAGAGACUGCCAUUUUGUUAUCAUUCUUAAAGCCACUAUAUGGAGGUACGAUCCCAGACUGAGUGCAGUUAAAUACUUUUUACGAUUGCCUAAA